AUGUCUCGUACCUGCAGGAGCAGCAGCAGCAGCAGCAGCAGCGGCGUCCAACAACCCGAGUUGAAGAGGAAGAAGCAAGCACGCAAAGCCCCAGAAAUUGAUCCCUUCUUUGAGCCGGUAGCGAAGCGGUUGAGAAGCCAAAGCAAAAGUCGCCAACGGGACAGGCGGCUUUCUUCGGCGUCUGCAAGAUCUGCGCUGGCACCGACAGUUGAGGAAACCGAAGAAACGCAGUCUACACAGGAGGAGAUCCCGGACUCGCUCGCAUACCUGGAGGCCCCCCCACUGAGCCCUGCACCCGUGACAGCGUCCGCGGAGGCUCUGCCCAAGCGUCGACAGGAGUUUGAGGUGGUGAUAGAGAAGAUACCUGGCUUUGAUAGAUCACAAUACACAAGCUACAAUUCCGAUCCUGAGUCCCCUCCUAUGCAAGAAGAGCCGCCCUCAGUGCCUCCCCCCCAAAUUCCCCCGCAGCAGCAACAGCAAAUCAUAGUAGAAAGCUUCACAAAAGUAUCCCAGCUCGAACGCUCCUCCCAAAGCGUUCUCCUGGUCUACGAAGAAAGCGUGCUAGUUCCCGCCUCGCAAAUCGUCACCCCCACCUCCUCAGGCACAGAACCGGGGGAGGAGGGCCCGGGCAGCACCAUAGUACCGGAGACCCCACAGCAGCCUCAGCCUGCAGCGGCAGGCCACAACAGCAACACUCGAAAGAGGCCGCAUAUUGCACGCGGCCAAGAGGGGACAACAACUCUACUACCACCACCAGCACCACCAGCACCACCAGCACCACCAGCACCACCACCACCACCUGCUCCUCCACCUCCACCUCCAGUAGAAGCACAACUGCUGCUGCGCACGCCGGCACUGGCCAAUACGCAGUCACAGCCCGCCCCGGGCGCAACGGCAAUUCCUGCAGCUUCUGCGAAAUCAAAAGAACAUAUAAAAGCUAUAAAGGCGCCAGUACCCCAGCACCCAAAACACUCUGAAGUCGUCGAAGCUGCCGUACAGCAGCCCACCAGGAUAUCGAUCCCAGCAACAGCAACAACCACGAGCACCACUGCCGCGACUAGCGCUGUCAUCAACCGGGAUCCUCCUGCAUUAGCUACUAACGAGAGUGGGCCACCCCAAGUCUUGGCAGCAACGGCAACAGCAACAGCAACGGCAACAGUAGUAGCAGCAGCAGCAGCAGCCCAUCAAACACCGCCGCCAGGGCCAACAGCUCCGUCAAGCCCCCCCACCAACCCCCAAUCCGCCCAACUCUCGCCCGCCCCCGCGCCGCCGAUAGCCGCAUUCUCGAGCUGGUUCGUCAACCGGGAGCCAAGACCCGCGCCCAAGGUCUCUAAGCGGCGGCGGAAAGAAGCACCACAGAAAGACGCCGCAGAGGACAUGUCCGGCGCCCAGGCACUCCUGCUGCGGGAGCGCCUCGCGAAAAGGAGGGAGGAGCGCAACGCAAAGAUCCUGACUGCGAGGAGCGCACGGAGCCAGUUCUCGCCCGUUCCUGCGACCCCGCCGAUUCCAGCGGCGCUGCCGGCUCCGUCGACUCCGCCGUCGAAUCCAGCAACGCCUAGUACUGUGGUGGGAAAUGGAGUGGGGGGUGUAAUGCCCGGGAGCCCUGCUGUUACUACGCCGGCGGAGAGCGUGGCCGUGAAGGAGGAGGCUUCGGCCGACGAUAUUCAGAUAGAUUUGGCCGUCAUUGAGGAUGCGCCCGCCCAGGCAGCAGCGAUACAGGAUGUAGAGAUACAGGAUGUGGCGAUACAGAGUAUAGAGAUAGAGGUACAACCGCAACCACAACUAGAACCGCAGCUAGAACCGCAACCGCAAUUAGAACCAGAACCACAGCCGCAAUCACGACAGCAAUCGGAGCCGCAAACGAAGAUGCAAUCGCCAUUCAGAGCCCCAUAUCUCGGCCCGGCGGAAUACGCAAUCGGCCUGCCUCUACGUACAAAAACCGUCACCCCCAAGGCAAUCGACCAGAAAACAGCAUAUCUCACUUCAAUCAUCGAAAAGCACGGCGAGAUCAAACGAUAUCUCUCCAACCCCUACGGCGCAGACGCUGAUCUCGUAAGGACCAUGGAGAAGAUCCUGGAGAACAGCGGCAAGAUUGCUACGCACCCAGAUCUACUGAUGGACAAGAUUGAGGUCUCGGAUGCCGCGGCAGGCAAGGAGGCCGACUACCACGCGGCCAUGAGCAGCAAGUUUGUGUUUUUGCGUGCGUUCUUGGUGGCGGUGAAGCAGCAGCAUCUGAAGAUUGUGAUUGUGGCAGAGAGAGGAACGUUAAUCGAUAUGCUGGAAAUAUUCUUGAGGGGGAUUAGAAUCGCCUACACCAGGCUGGAUCAGCUUAGUACGUUGCCAAAGAUACCGCACGACGAUAACGAGGGCCUAGUGAGAGUAUUUCUUCUGCCGAGCUCCAAAAGCGGUGCUGUUGUGAAUGUGGCCGACUGUCUCAUUGCUAUGGACUCAAGUUUCGACGCAAGCCUACACGAUGUUCAGAAAUGCCGUAGUAACUCCUAUGAGGCGAACAAGCUUGCACCGGUUUUCCGAUUAGUUGCCAUAAACACAAUUGAGCAUCUCCGCCUCUGCAGCCCGCCUGGCCAGGAGAUUCCACUCUAUGUCUACAUCGAGACGCUGAAGAAUCUACGGCAACAAGUGGGCAUUGCAACACAGGACUACGGGUCCGCAAUCUCUCGCGCGCCAACAAAGAUCACGAAAUGGCUGCAGAAGAAGGCGGACGGGAAAUUGGAGAUCCCCGAGAUUCCGGAACUGCCGCUCUUUGAGAUAACAAGUCACGCUCAGCCUACAGCUAGCACUAGCACUAGCACUAGCACUAAUAAUUCUUCUGGCAACGAAGGGAGCGAUAAGAGAAAAAGACAGGAAACACAGACUGUGGUAUCAUCACAACAAGAUGCUAAACGAACGAGGGUCAAUGAUCCCGAGCCAAUGGGCCCUAUUCAUGGGCUUGUUGAGAGCCCGUCACCGCAUGCAGCUGGGGCUGUCAUGCAAGUUAGUGACUCUAUGGCGAGCCAAACACCAAUCGAUCCGCAUUCACUGAGUGUCCCAAUGCAGACAGACGAUGAAAACAACCUUACUAUGUCGGAAUCUGUGGCUAUGGAUAUUUCUGAGGGUGAUCAGACGGCGAUGGAAGAUAACAGAACGGAGCACGGUGUGACGGCUAUGGAGACAGAGAGUAGUAUGGAUCAUAGCGCAACGGCCGAGGAGAAAGACGAGGAGGAGGAAGAAGUGGAGGAUAUACCAAAGGAUAAUCUGGUGACGUUCCCUGAAAUCUCGAGCACAAACGGUUUGAAUAUAGAGUCAUUGUCUCGGGAACAACUGGUUGCUGCGUUCAGGAGACAAGCAGAGGACUUACAACAGUGGAUGGAGUCCACUGGAAGACUCCAACUUCGACAUGACGAGUUGAAGAAGAACCUCGCCGAGGCCAGAAAAGAGUUGAAGAAGUCCCAGAAGACCCAAAGGGACGCAGAAAAUCAAGCUCGCGCAAGACUUCUGGCUGGACCGCCCGACAAGGCUGCACUCGAACAAUCGCGUGCGGAGAAUGAAAAGCUGAAUGAGAAACUCCGUUCGGUGGAGGGCAAGUUGCAGGUACGAGACAAGGAGUUCGAUUUCGUACGGGAAAAGUACCAGGAGGCCUCAAAUGGCGCACUUGUGCUGAAGGUGGAUAAUACAAGGCUACAAGAAGAGAAUUCGGUCCUGGAGAGAAGGGGUGCUGAUGUCGUCGUGCAACUACGAAGAAUGCAACAUGAGAGCCAGGUUCAAGCUCGGGAUAAGCAGAUAGAGAGCCUGUCACUUCAACUCAAGGAACGGGAGGAGCGUAUAGCGCGGCUGGAACACGAAAGACAAGUAAACACAAGAACCCGAGGCUCAAUAGGGAUGCGGGCGUCGAGUGUCUCCAUUCGGGGGAGCCCAAUUCAAUCAAGGGCAACUUCGCCAGCAACCGGGCCAGGGACUUAUGGCAGGGAAUCUUCUUCCACGCAUCCCCUGAGAAAUGGUUGA